AAAAUAGUUAAAUAGUUAAAUAAAUUAAUAAUGGACGAAGAAGAUUUAAUGCACGUUGAUUUGUAUGGAGAACUUGAACUCGAGCCCACAGCGACUGAAAAAGAGAUAAAAACAGCUUAUCGUAAAAAAGCAUUAUCAUGUCAUCCGGAUAAAAAUCCAAAUAAUCCAUCAGCAGCAAAAUCAUUUCAUCGUUUAUCACGUAUUUUGGAAAUACUUGUUGAUAAAUCUGCAAGGGCAGCUUAUGACAAAAUAUUGAAUGCUAAAAUCCAAGCUAAAAAAAAUACCGCUAAAUUAGAUUCAAAACGACGAAAACUAAAAGAAGAAUUAGAAGCACGUGAAGACGCGUAUCGUUUAUCGCAAUUAAAUAGACAAGAGAGAUACAAAACAGAUGAGGAAGUAUUCAAAGCUGAGAUAGAGAGAUUGAAAAAAGAAGGAUCACGUCAGGUUGAAGAAGAAAUCCAACUGAUGAAUAAACAGAUUCAUGAGCAAAUUCAUGGAAUAAAUAAAUCUGCUGUGGGUCAUAAUGAGACUAGGGUAAAUAUUAGGUGGAAAGCUGAUAAAGAUGACGCUAGUAAUGGUGGAUAUAAUGAAAGCAAUCUUCAUCAGAUUUUAUCCAAGUACGGAGAUAUUGUUGCGAUAGCAAUGCUGACAAAAAGAGGCCGCGCAAUGGUAGAAUUUAAAGAUAGCGAAGCUGCUAAAAUGGCAGCACAAAUAGAAACAGGAUACGCUAAGAAUCCCUUAACACUUAGCGGUCUCUGGGAAUCAAAUCUGACUUCAAAAUUAAAAAAUUCAACACAAAGUUCAACAAAUUUAUUAAACAAUAGUCAUAACAGUACAAGAAAAAGUUCAACUUCAAAACCAAAUUCGUCGCUAAGUUUUUCAUCAGCGCCAGAUAUUUUUUCAGCGCCGCUUGAUACUAACUUUGAAAACGCGGUUUUGAAUAAUUUGAAACGCGCUGAAGAACGCAAACGUCUUAUUGACCAAAUUAAAGAUGAUCAAGACACAAAAAGUUGAUAGUUGUAAUUAAUUUAAAAUAAUAAUUAUUUAAUGUAUUUUAUAUAAAAAAAAAAAAAAACAAAUAUAAAAUAAUAUUUUUAAGUUGAAGAAAGAUUAU